AUGAGCAGCAGCAGCAGUAGUGAGCAGGCAACUGGGAAGAGGGUCAGAGAGGGGCCCCAGACUGCGGGGGGGAGCAAAGCACUGGACGCGCCUCCUCCUUCCUCUAGAGUCAGAGCCUGGAGAAGUAGUCCAGGGGGAGCCAGUGGGCAGCGGAGGACGGAAAUGAAAAUUGCGGAGGAGUCUGCAGCAGCCUGGGGUCUCCGGGACCUCCCCGCGGAGGCCAAAGAGCGGCGCUACUCCAAGGCCCGCCCAAGCUGCGUGGGGACAGAGCAGACCCGGAGUGGACCUAGGAAUUCACCUCCUUUCCUUUCUGGGCUGCCAAGGAAGAAAGGGGGACAAAGCGGCUGCGGCAACAGCAGUAGCGAAAGAGAGCGGGUAAGAAGAGGGUGUCCCGCCGGGGACAAUGGGGCUGCGUCUCCUCCUGCUUGCCUGCUUAGGAUUCAGCUUGUUCCCCUCUCUGCUCUCCGCCCAGACCCCAGCACGUCCACGAGUGUAUGGAUUAGUGCAUUCUCUGUGGAACAGAAUGCUACCAUGGGCCCAAGGACCUUUAUUUUCAGGCGUCUUCCUGACGACUUUGAACUACUUCCAUCUGGAGAAGAGGAUCAAGAAAUCGUUCCUGAAAACCAGCCAGCCUCCAUCAAUAAGACAUAUCCUUUUCGGAAGCAACAGCCACAACAUCUGUCUGAAGAUGCUUCCAGAUAUCUGACUGGCUCCUGGUUGACUCUCUUUGUUCCUUCAGUUUAUACUGUAGUAUUUAUCCUAAGUCUGCCUCUAAAUAUCAUCGCCAUCAUCGUGUUCCUUGUGAAGAUGAAGAUCAAGAAGCCAGCCGUGGUAUACAUGCUACACCUGGCUGCCGCAGAUGUCCUGUUUGCAAGCGUGCUGCCCUUUAAGAUAACGUACUACUUUUCUGGAAGCGAUUGGGCAUUUGGGUCUGGAAUGUGUCGCUUCGUCACUGCGGCUUUCUACUGUAACAUGUACGCUUCGAUCAUGCUGAUGACAGCCAUAAGCGUGGAUCGCUUCCUGGCUGUAGUCUAUCCGAUCCAGUCUCUCUCCUGGCGCACACUGGGCCGCGCUUCGUUCAUCUGUCUGGCCAUCUGGGCCGUCGCCAUCGGGGGUAUCAUCCCUCUUGUCAUCAAAGAACAAACUAAAGAGAUCCCCUGGCUAAAUAUAACCACCUGUCAUGAUGUCUUAAACCAAGAUCUGCUUGAGGGGUAUUUUGUUCAUUACUUCCUAGCCUUCUCUUCGCUUUUCUUUUUUGUACCAUUAAUCAUUUCUACCGUCUGUUACGUGUCCAUCAUCCGGUGUCUUAGCUCUUCUUCAAUUGCCAACCCAAGCAAGAAGACCCGGGCCUUACUUUUGUCUGCAGCUGUGUUCUGUAUUUUUAUCAUUUGCUUUGGACCCACAAAUGUCUUUCUGAUCACCCAUUACUCAUCACUAAUUUAUAGUACCGCAACAGAGAAAAUCUACUUUAUCUAUCUUCUCUGCGUGUGCAUCAGCAGCAUAAGCUGUUGCAUUGACCCCUUGAUUUAUUACUAUGCUUCUUCUGAUUGCCAGAGAUAUCUCCGCAAUCUCUUAUGCUGCAGAGAAAGCUCUGAUCCAAGCAGUUUCAAUAGCAGUGGCCAACUGAUGACCAGGGCUAGUAAAAUGGAUACUUGCUCCACUAACAUGAGUAACAGCAUAUACAAAAAGUUGCUUACUUAGCACGUGUUUGU